AUGCAACAGCCAGGAGCCAUUGCAACACCCCAGACACCAACAUUCCCCGGCAACCAGGGACCCAAUGAAGGUGUAGCAUCCAACGUGCCUCCAUUGAGCCCGGCCUCCGAAUCGCGCGAAAAGGAACGGUUCGCGCUGCUGCUCGAUAUCAACCACGAGCUGCUGUACGAAGUCAUUCUGCUACAGGGCACGCAAACGGAACUCAAGAAAGAAGCAGCAGCUGUGAAUGGUAACGCAGGGGAGCGGAAGCCAACAGAGGAAGAGACGUUGUUCCAGCAAGACUAUGUCCACUGUAUGCGCCGCCUGCAAGCGAAUCUCUCAUACAUGGCCGCGCAAGCCGAUCGCAAAGCGGAAACCAAGGCGCCACCUUAUCCCGGCUUCAUGACCGCACCGCCGUUGAAUUUGUCUCUCAGGCCUCGAGCGCAGCCAAUGGGCCCCGCUGGACCUGACCCCAAAGCCGAUCCUGUGACUGACCGCGAAGAAAGAGACAAGGCCAUCAAAGACUUGUACCGCCGUCUGCAAGCAGCCUAUCCGGGUGUCGACUUCAAGAAGGAGUCUGCUGCUCGCUUACACCACGGCCAAAAGGCUGGCAACGCGGCCGGCUUCCAAGGCAGCCCAAUCCCACAAAAGACACCUCAGAUACCGAAUGCUCCACCGCCACAGGUGAGCUAG